AUGGCAAGGCUCACGAUUUCGAGCACACAACGUCCUCUCGCCACCCAGGUUCGCCAGACUCUCAUACCAUCCAUCACCCAGGUCCGGUAUGCGAGCGGAAAGUCCAAGAAGAAGACGGCAAGCAAAGCGGGAAGCAGCAAAAAAGCCGAGAAGAAGAAGUUGCCAAAGCACUUCAAGUCUUUUGACCCUACUGAAUACCCUCAAUUUUCCCUAUGCGAUGCUAUCCGAUACCUUCGAGCCUACGAGGUUGGCAAGAGGCCGCUCGGCGUUAAGUACGAGCUCUCAAUUCGUCUUAAGACCAUGCGAAACGGUCCCGUUGUCCGAGAUACGAUCAAGCUCCCUCAUCCCAUCACAUCGGGCGAACGAUUCGGCGUUAUCUGUCCCGAGGGCAGUGAGAUAGCCGUGCAGGCUCUCCAAGCAGGAGCCACCGUCGCCGGCGAAGAAUCAGUCUUCGAGAGAAUAAGGAACGGCGAUAUGCCGUUCGAGCGUCUCCUCUGUCACGAAGACAGUGAGAAUGCCCUCAAGCAGGCGAAUCUGGGCAGGCUCCUCGGUCCCAAGGGUUUGAUGCCUAGUCGCAAGCUUGGCACGAUCACGAACAACAUCCGCAAGACCAUGACAUCCGGGGCUAGCGAGUACCGUGAGCGUGUGGGCGUCGUUCGAAUGGUCGUUGGGGAGGUUGGCUUCACGCCUCGAAUGGUUGCGGACAACGUCGCCGCCAUGGUUAAGGAAAUCAAGUCUCGAUGCACUGCUCUGGAGGAUCUUACUGAGAAGGCCGUUAGCGAGGUGGUUUUGAGCUCUACACACGGACCCGGAUUCAACUUGAACGGAAAGUUCCAGUCGACGGAUCCAAAUGUGAAGGAGGAGGACUUGGCGGGAGUCAUGUAA